AUGGCCCGUCCUGUCCACUUGGUUCCAAUCUCGCCUAAAGUCGCUGAGGUCAUGAUUCGUUGUCACCCUCUCGCAGCAGCGCCAGCACCAGCGCCAGCGCAGAACGUCAGUGCUCAACGUCAACGUCGGGCUCCCCAAUUGCAUGUGACAUCACCUCCAACUGCUGCCAAAGCCAAACGGCGUCCUUCUCAUUCUCAUCCUGGUCCCUCUCGCAACACAGAAUCGAGGGUUGAGAUCCUAUCGCGGCGGCUCUGGUCUCAUCUGAGAGAUCUUGUCGCGAUGGCUAUUCCGUUCAUCGGGAGGCUGCGUCCGCACGAGUAUGUCGCGCUCGUUGGGUCGUUUAUCCUCGUCGGUCUCGAGGCUUUCAUCCGAGUCUUGACCCUGGCUUUGCCUCCUUUCCUCGUUUCAUUCUUCUAUCGAGCUUCAAGGCGGUUAUUUAACAAAUUUUCUCCCCCUGCCAAGAAGAGGGCGGAGAACAGGCGAAAAUCCAUCUCAACAGCUGUGCGGGACGCAGCUGAUUUUGUCGAGUUGUGUCGGAUCUGGGGCUACGAGGCUGAAGAGCACAUUGCCCAAACCAAAGAUGGUUACCUCCUCGGUCUUCAUCGCCUGGCGUGGAGAAAGGGCGAGGAGGGGCAAAAGGUCAACUCUGGACCGACGAGCCUGCGCAAGAAGGUGAUUUACAUGCACCAUGGUCUUCUCAUGAACUCUGAGGUUUGGGUUGCUCUUACGGAUGGGCAUAGAUGCUUGCCUUUUGAACUGGUUGAGAGGGGUUAUGAUGUCUGGCUUGGCAAUAAUCGAGGAAACAAGUACUCCAAGAAGUCGAUUCACCACUCGCCAACAUCGCUCAGCUUCUGGGACUUUUCCAUCGACGAGUUUGCUUUCCAUGACAUUCCUGACAGCAUUGCAUACAUCCUCGACACAACGCAGCAGGAGAGUCUGUCUUACAUUGGCUUCUCUCAAGGCACAGCGCAGGCCUUUGCCACCCUGGCUAUCCAUCCCAAACUCAACCAGCAGGUCAACGUCUUUAUUGCUCUUGCGCCGGCUAUGGCUCCCGCUGGCUUGUCGAAUGGAAUCGUUGAUGCUCUCGUCACAGCUUCUCCCUCAGUUCUGUUCCUGCUGUUCGGUCGUAGGUCCAUCCUCAGCUCGGCAACCAUGUGGGAGACGCUUCUGUACCCACCCAUUUUCAGCAAGCUCAUCGAUAUGGGACUUUCCUUCUUGUUCAACUGGCAGACCAAGAAUAUCUCGGCAAGCCAGAAGCUGGCAGCUUACCCACAUCUCUACUCGUUCACGAGCACCAAGAGUGUGGUCCACUGGUUUCAAAUCAUUCGGAACAAGUGUUUCCAGAUGUAUGAUGACGAUGUUCACCAGCCGAUGAGUGUCAUCACGACCAGCAAGUACUCCAAGGUUGCCAAGUACCCGACGCGAAACAUCAAGACACCAAUUGUUCUGGUUUACGGAGGGAGCGACUCCCUGGUUGACAUCAAGGUGAUGCUCAAGGAACUACCGCCGCAGACGGUAGCGACCGAGAUUCCUCACUACGAGCAUCUCGACUUCUUAUGGGCCCGGGACGUCGACAUUCAAGUCUUUCAACAUGUGUUCGAUGCCCUCGACAGCUUCACGGAUGCCGAGCAUUCUAAAGAAGAGUACGACAAAUACUACAUCAGCAGGCAAGAGAGCCUCCUUGGCUCAGGAUACGCGUUUGGAUACUCAUACCGGGGAAGCGAGAGCGAAUCAUCAACACUCACGCCAAGCGUUGAAAGCCAGAGCAACGGUGUUCCCCUGGCUCCGCACCGUGCACGAGAGCAUUCGACUGGGAUUCCAUCACCGGUGAACACGACACGGGCAAGGGUCAGUCUCGCUGCGGGCACCAUCGUGGACGGUCGGCCAGUGACCCCGGACCUACCUGGUGGCGGUCGGCUCUCAGGACGAGGCUCCCCUGACGAAGGCCAUGAAUCACCAACGACAGCGAGGAUCAAGGCCAGUGCCAAACGCAGAGGGAGCAAUGGAAGCAACAUUAGCCUCGACAGCAUGCGUUCUGGCCGAGGAAUCAGCGUGGGAGCGAGCAAAGCGGCUGGUAGUGUGGUGACCAAGAGCGGCGUCAGCGGAACGCCAGCAGACAACAGUAGAAGCACAACCCCGGACAAGAAGAAGAGUAAGUAA